GUUAAGAAUAUUCAGAUUAUUGACAAUUAUUAUGACGCGUGUGCAGGAUGCCAAUAAUAUUGUUAUGUACAUUUGCAAUUUUCCUCAUUGCCUUUGUACCUUUUUGGUUAGUUUGAAAUUUUUUUAGCACUUAUACGGUGGUUUUCAUAUUGUGACACUCAAUUAAACAAAAGGUGGAGGGAUUGCUAUCAGAACCUGCAUGCUGUAUUAAAUUCAGAUUUUGGGGCCGUAAAGAUUGGAAUAAGAAAUGUGGCACAUUAUGAAGACAGUGACCUUCUUGUUGAUAUUUAUGAUAAAAGUAAACAGUGGCCAGGACGACGGAUGGGCUUUGCUUGGAAAUCCUCUAAUGAACGUUUUUCCUUGUAACAAAUCGCAAUUUAUAACCCUUUCGUAUGAACCCGGAUUGCCACCUGAAGAAGAAAACAAGUACUUCGUAAAUAUUAUGAAGGAUUUUCCAAAAUACACAGGGAUAGAAUUAAAAUUCGACUCUGAUACGAACAUUACAUUGAAUGAUAAAAGUUUUGCUAGAGUGUCUGUCAACCCAGAUAACUCAUUCUCAAUACGAUUUUUUAAAGCACACAAUGGAUUGGGGCUUACAGUGAAGGGACUUAUACCUGGAGUAAUUCCUUAUUUAACAAGUGUUGUAAUAAAUAGUAAACAAUAUUGUUCUAAGCCGUGGGUGGGCAUUCUUGACGGCUUCAUACAAGGAUAUAAAGAUACGGCGGAAAGUCCUGAUAGAAAACCAAAAAAGAACUGUGGAAGACGACAAGUAACACACACUGAGCUGAUUGUUAAUGGAGCUUUGACAAAGCCAGGAGACUGGCCAUGGCACGUAGCUUUAUACAGAAUUGACCGUUCAACUAUAAAAUAUAUCUGUGGUGGAACACUCAUUUCCAAGAAUCACGUUUUAACGGCUGCCCAUUGUGUUACAAUUAGAGGUGUUCCAGCACUGCCAGAGACUCUGAGUGUCGUCCUUGGGAAAUUCAAUUUAAUUGGAGGAGACACUGAGUCGGUAGAGAGAGAAGUACACAGUAUAGUUGUUAAUGAUCAAUUUGAUCACAGACGCCUAGAAAAUGACAUUGCUCUUCUAAAAUUGAAAUCUGAAGCUGUAUUUAAUGACUAUAUACAACCAGCCUGCUUGUGGUAUCCAAAAGCGGUUGAAAGACUACCGGGUACGGAAAUAUUUGGAACGGUUGUAGGAUGGGGAUUUGAGAACACAGAUGCUUUAGCACCACAGCUUCGAAAAGCCAAAAUGCCUUUAGUAGGCGAGAGCACUUGCAUAAAGAGCAAUCCUGUUUUCUAUUCCAAACUUCUUAAAAACAAUAACAAAUUCUGUGCUGGCUAUCGCAAUGGAACCUCAGCAUGCAAUGGCGAUAGUGGAAGUGCUUUCCAAGUAUUUCUCCCAGACAAGACAGGGGAUGACAAUCCAGAUGCAGUAGGAGCUUGGUACGUAAGAGGAAUCGUAUCUGUCACGUUGUCAAGAGUAGAUGUGGCCAUUUGCAACCCAGAAGAGUACGUGGUAUUCACCGACGUUGAAAAGUAUAAACAUUGGAUCGAAAAACACAUGUGAUAUUUAAUAAAAUUCAAUUCCUUAAUUAUUUUGUACUCAUA